AUGGUUGACAUUGCAGAGUUUGAUACAGCUACAAGUAAUCAUGUAUCUGAGGUGCAAGAAAAACCUGCCAUUGCUCCACCUGUCUUUGUAUUUCAGAAGGACAAAGCACAGAAGUCCCCUGCAGAGCAAAAAGCUUUGUUGGAUUCAGGCGAGGACCCCCAGGGAGAGCUUGAGCCUCCCCACCAUGGUCUGGGUCACAGAGCGUCAGCUGGUGAGCACGUCUCUGAGCACCCUGCUCCCACUGUGGCCUCAGCCAGCACUGCCCUGAGUCCUGCUGCUGGAGCCCAUCUUGCUCCUAUUCAACAAGAACUGGCAGGGAGAUCAGCAGAUGGAUCAAGUCCAGAAGAUGGAGAUGAAUCUGAUCGAGAGGAUGGGAACUACUGUCCACCUGUAAAGCGUGAGAGAACUUCAUCCCUAACUCAGUUCCCUCCUUCUCAGUCAGAGGAAAAGAGCAGUGGAUUCCGGCUGAAGCCACCAAUACUUAUCCAUGGUCAGGCACCCAGUGCAGGUCUCCCUAGCCAGAAACCGAAGGAGCAGCAGCGAAGUGUGCUACGUCCAGCAGUAUUACAGGCCCCACAGCCAAAAGCUUUCUCGCAGAUGGUUCUCAGCAGCGGCACCAAUGGUGUAAAUAUCCCGCCAGAUUCUGCAGCCACAUCAGAAUCACCAAGUAAUGCAACACUGAAAAGUUCGGACUCUGAAGACAAGGCAGGAGAAUGUCAGAAAAGAGAGUCCAACAAUACUUCAGAUGAUGACAGCUGUGAGAAGGUGGAACUAAAUGCACACCAAGCAUUUGUAUUUGGGCAAAACUUAAGAGAUAGAGUUAAGCUAGGAGAUGAAAGCGAUGAAGCUGCUGAUGUGCAAAAUGCUGGCCUUCCUACAUCAGAUGUACCAUCUGCAACAAAUUACUUUCUACAGUACAUCAGCUCUAGUGUAGAGAACUCUACAAACAGUGCAGAUGCAUCUAGCAACAAGUUUGUUUUUGGACAGAACAUGAGUGAACGAGUCCUAAGUCCACCAAAAUCAAACGAAGGCAGUUCGGAGAGUAAUAAGGAGAAUGCUGCUACAGAGUCUGGGUCUGAAUCAUCUUCUCAGGAAGCCACACCAGAGAAAGCUAAUAAUAUUUCAGAAUCGCUGGCAGAGUCUGCAGCAGCCUAUACUAAAGCAACAGCAAGGAAGUGUUUAUUGGCGAAGGUGGAAGUGAUUACUGGGGAGGAAGCUGAAAGUAAUGUGUUACAGAUUCAGUGCAAGCUGUUUGUAUUUGAUAAAAACUCUCAGUCCUGGGUGGAAAGAGGUCGAGGACUUCUGAGACUCAAUGAUAUGGCCUCAACAGAUGAUGGGACAUUACAGUCUCGGCUGGUGAUGAGGACUCAGGGGAGUCUCAGGUUAAUCUUAAAUACCAAGCUCUGGGCUCAGAUGCAGAUUGAUAAAGCCAGUGAGAAGAGUAUCCGCAUCACUGCCAUGGAUACAGAGGACCAGGGAGUUAAAGUUUUCCUUAUAUCAGCGAGCUCUAAAGAUACCGGGCAGUUGUACGCUGCGUUACACCACCGGAUCUUGGCCUUGCGGAGUAGAGUGGAACAAGAGCAAGAAGUCAAGAAUGUAGCACCUGAGCCAGAGGUAACACAAUCAAACGAGGAAGACAGCGAUGAUGAUGUCAUUGCACCUUCAGGAGCAGUUGGAAGUGGUCCUAAUGAUGAAGGUGACGGGCAGAACGUUGGCAGCACAUAGCAGAUGUGAGCCGAUCUGCUUGCAAGGCUGCUGUGAACACCAUCCUGCAGGCAUCUCUGGAUACCCCAGGCCAGCUGUUAUUUCAGGCAGUGUUGAAGGCUCCAGGACUUAAAAACUGUGCAUCCCUGUUCUGUUUGUUUGGUUUUUUGGUCUGGAUCAGUAGAUUCCACACAAAAAAAGCAGACUUGGAAACUACCUGAAUGUGGUUUGGGAUGUGAAAGCUCAUCAUAUUGAUGAGCCAAAAAAAGAAAAAACAAACAAAAACCAAACAUUUCCCCUCUUCCUUGUAAUUGAAAUGGCACAUUACAGCUUGUUACAGCUUCUCAUUGGGACCUUUUGACUGUUUCUUCAGUAGUUCAUGUCUUGCAGGCCUCCGAGAGAACUUUCCAACACGGUUCCAACUCGAAUUCUGCUUUCGUAACCCCUGCUCCCCUUAUGAAUUUCUGCCACCUGCAGGGAAACAUGUCCUCACCAGCUCCUGCGCUCACUGCCUGCCCUGCUGGGUUCAUUCUCUUUGGACUGCAGAUGGGGCA